GCUAGCCCGACACGCCGCCCGCCCCUGCCCCGGCUAGCGGCGCCCACCCGCGGAGGGGCCCUCAUGGGCGUGAGGCCCGGAAGCCGCCUGUGGGCGGCCCAGGUUAGGGUCACACACAGAUCGCGGGGCGAGCUGCGGGCGCUGUUCCGUAGGUUGUGUAAACGGGGGACAGCCUGCCCCUGAAAUGGGGAUGUUUUCGUGUGGAGACUGCGUGCGCUCCUGUGUUGGCUCUGUGAGAGCCAGAACGUAAUGUUUAACUUGGUAGUCACGUGCCCAUCAGCCGGUUUCUCUGAAGUGCUUUCAGAGGGUGUUUAGAACAGGAAAUGCCAGUACAGGUAGUAUGGAGCCGUUUUAAUCAGUUUACAGAAUUUAGAGGCUGUGUUAUUUGCUGUGUUCGUACAGGUUCACUGGAAAGAGAAUGAAAUAAACAUGGAGUCUUCUAAACUGGAAUGUAUUUCAUGGGUCACAGUUAAAAGUAAAAAGAAGAUGGAACAAAAUGAGAGAACAGGAAUAUAACGACUGUUAAGAACUUUCCAUUUUUUAAAUAUAAUACAGCUGGUGAUUUAUAGGAAUACUUAAUUGAUAUCCCUGGAAGGAGAAGUCAGUUACUGUGCUAUUUGCUUAAUAAGAACUUCUGGUAACUUUUUCACAUGUUUUAAACUUAACUGGACACCUUUUGGUUUUCUUUAAGUCUGAGAGUUAAAAUUUUUAUAUAUCUGUAUUUUGACUGAGACACUGAUCAUGGUAGAUGGCUGACAGCAGCUCCUAGAAAUGGACUUAAACCCGUGAGUGGUUACUGUUGCACAGAGUUGAAUGGAAUGCCAUGAUUUUAGAGUAAUUCUCAUAGGACCUCCUUCUUUGCCUUGCACCCAUUGUACCCUUAAUUAUUUAAGUGUAAAUAUUGCAGUUAGAAAGACUAAAAAAUAAUGGCAUGGGUGAAAUUCUUAAGAAAACCUGGAGGUAACCUUGGAAGAGUUUAUCAGCCUGGAAGUAUACUGUCCCUGGCCCCUACAAAAGGCUUAUUAAAUGAACCAGGACAAAACAGCUGCUUUCUUAAUAGUGCUGUUCAGGUGUUGUGGCAGCUUGACGUAUUUCGACGAAGUUUAAGAGGUUUAACUGGACAUGUGUGCCAGGGAGAUGCAUGCAUAUUUUGUGCUUUAAAGGCAAUAUUUUCACAGUUUCAACACAGUCGAGAAAAAGCACUCCCAUCAGAUAAUAUGCGACAUGCCCUGGCAGAAAGUUUUAAGGAUGAACAGCGUUUCCAGCUUGGAUUCAUGGAUGAUGCAGCAGAAUGCUUCGAAAACAUCCUUGAGAGGAUCCAUUUUCACUUAGUGCCAAACAGUGAAACAGAUAUGUGCACUUCAAAAUCCUGUAUUUCUCAUCAGAAGUUUGCUAUGACACUGUAUGAACAGUGUGUAUGUCGUAGUUGCGGAGCAUCAUCAGAUCCAUUGCCUUUUACGGAAUUUGUACGUUAUAUUUCUACCACAGCCCUGUGUAAUGAAGUAGAAAGAAUGAUGGAGAGGCAUGAACGUCUCAAGCCAGAAAUGUUUGCGGAACUGCUGCAGGCAGCAAAUACUAGUGAUGACUACAGAAAUUGUCCUAGUAACUGUGGUCAAAAAAUAAAAAUUCGCCGUGUUCUUAUGAAUUGUCCUGAAAUUGUCACAAUCGGUUUAGUCUGGGAUUCGGAACACUCUGAUCUGACAGAAGAGGUUAUGCGGAAUCUGGCAACGCAACUUUAUCUUCCUGGGCUGUUUUAUAGAGUUACAGAUGAAAAUGCCAAAAAUAGUGAACUUUUUCUAGUGGGAAUGAUUUGCUACACAAGCAGACAUUACUGUGCCUUUGCCUUUCACACCAAGAGUUGCAAAUGGGUGCUGUUUGAUGAUGCAAAUGUAAAAGAGAUCGGAACAAAAUGGAAAGAUGUGGUCUCCCGGUGCAUUCGAUGUCACUUUCAACCACUGUUGUUGUUUUAUGCUAACCCAGAUGGCACAGCUGUAUCUCCAGAAGAUGCUCCAAAGCAAAUUAUUCACUGGUCUCAAUGUAAAGCAGCAGCAGGAAAUAGCGAAAACUUGGGACUUGAAAAGCAUUCUGCUCCUAAAUCACACCAAAUGAAGGAGAAUGGAAUCGGAGACCCCAGUAAUCAAAGGGCUCAUAAAAAACUUCAGCCAGAUAAUUCAGCAUUCAGUAGAAGCCAUAUUCAAGCUAGUGGUGGUAGAGAUACAGCUAAGUUAACUUACAGCAAUCAAAAGGACAAGCUAAAGGACAUAUCCAGAGAGUGUGCUCAGAAAGCUGCUGAUAUUAAAAACUUCUCAUCUUUACGGAAAGAUGCAGACAGAGGACCAAGGAAAGAGUCUGGGAGACAAAGAGAUUUGAUGGGGGAAGAUCGUGCCAGUGUUAACCUGGGGUCUCCUCCAGUUGGAAGCAGACACUGUGCUGAUCAGCGCAUACACAGCAGCCAGGGAAGAGGCUCUUACAAGCAUGACAGUGCACCUCACCAAGCAAAGCUUUCUGUACAGGUGAUUGGAUCAAAUAAAACAGAAGCUUGUCCUACUGGGGAGAAACCAUUGAUAAGGACCCGGACUGAUGGUGUCACUGGCUACAAUACAGACACCACUCAAGACUCUAGGGACAAGGGAAGUAUCAGCAGCAGAAGCAGAAGUAAAGGUUGGAAACCUAUGCGGGAGAUGCUAAAUGUAGACAGCAUUUUCAGCGAGACUGAGAAAAAACAGCAUAGCCCAAAGCACAAGGCAAAUCCAAACAGUAAAUCUAAGCAUGAAAAGGAGCAAAGCUUUAGCUAUUGGCCAAAAGAGAACCAAAUCCAGAAGGGUUUAAUGACUAUAUAUGAAGAUGAAACAAAACAGGGUAUAGGAAGUCGAAGUUCACUGGACUCAGAAGGAAAAGGGAAUGCUGAAAAAAGCAAAGGAUUUACAGAGAGAAAAAUACAUGGUGAUAACUGGCAAAAUCAGAAGACAGAAUCUGGGUAUGAAAGCAGCGAUCAUAUCAGCAAUGGAUCUGCAAAUCCAGACUCGCCUGUUACUGAAGGAAUCAAUCUGGCAGAUGUCAAGAAUGUUAGAGAAAGUGCUGCCUGCAGGAAGGAAUUGACAGGGUGUUUGUCAGCUCCCUAUCUGGAUUGUGAACAGAACUUGCCAACUAAAAAACCUGACAAUGAGUUACAUACACAACAGAGAAGAAACUUUUAUGACUUGAAGAAAGACCAGGUCAAUUCAGAAGUUAACUACAGACCUCAUGUUAAUUCUCCAACAGAAUUAUAUCUGCAGGUGCCCAGUCCUCCAGUAAAGAGAGCUGAAAUGCCUGAGACCAAUAGGAAACUUUUCCCAUCAUCACCUCUACAGCCAAUUCUUAAAGACAUUGUGAAGUCAGAAAGUAGAAACAAGUCAAGUGAACAGAAUUCUUCAGAGUGGCUUAGUCCAGACAAGUUAGAGAAGGUCAGCAUGCCAAUAUAUUGUGCAGAUGGCGUAUCCCACCCCUCUACAGAAAAUGUCUGUGGAAGAAAGCUGAUGAGCAACAACUUUCACUCCUCUUCCCAGCCGCAGCCUCAUCACAUAAGAAUGUUUGGUCCCAAGGUGGGUUUGUCACCUUGUGUGCCACAGAACCUGUCAGAAAGGCCUAUAGUGUUUCACUCUCACAGUGAGUAUGCCGGACACCCACUCCGAAGGGUGGAUGCUCUUUGGGUGCCUGAAGCAGUGUACCAGAAUCUUCCUCCGCCUUUACCGCCAAAGAAGCAUGCUCUGAAUACUUUUCUAGUAUCAGAAAAUAACCUGGCACCCAGUACAAAGUCGACAGAGGUGUUGCAAAACGAUACGUCGAGGCAAAUGGGUACACCUUUAAAAUCUGGAUCAGAAGCAAGUGUAUUUACAAAUGAACAAAGGCUUAAAGAGCCAUUUCAAGGGAAUGAGCUGUUUGUUUAUAAACCCGAUUCUCCACCUCGCUUAUCAGUUAAUGAUUUUUGGACUCUGUCUGAAAACUUUUUAAAGACAGGAUCUCAUCAUACAGGACCAAGUGCUGGUUAUGUGGAUGGAAAUGAUAGUGUAUCCCUAACGACUUAUUUUUCAGUAGAUAGUUGUAUGACUGACACAUACAGAAUGAAAUAUCAUCAGAGACCCAAGGUGUAUUUUACAGACAGUGGAAGCUUUCACAAAGAAUAGCAUCCCCCAUCAACUGGAGUAGAACUGAAUGCUACAUACCAUGCUGCUCUUAAGCCCAGGCAUUCCACAUCCCGAGCAACGGUACAAGGCAAACGUAGACAGUGUACACUGCAGUAGAUAGUCUUGGAAAAAAGAGUAUCUGGAUCUGACUUUGGUAUUUCAUGUAGCCUGUAAAUGGGCACAGACAUUAAGAGAGUGUGUAAUAACUAUGUACUGAGUUUACUGUACUUUGGACUGUAAAUGAAUAUGCAAAUAGAGGUGAACAGAGGAGGAGAGGUGCUAAACUUCGGGUUCUUAGAUUUGUUACUCUGGUUGCCUUAAUGCUUCCCUUUGUUACUCAGCUUGUCUUUUACACUUAAUACUAAAAACAGUCCCUUUGAGUGUAUACAUCAUACAGCAGUGGAAUCAACUAGAUGUUACUUUUUUUGUAACAAAAUUUAGUAAGUUGCUAUUUAAAAAGUGUUCCUUUGAACUGUGGUCACUACAUGCAUAGACUAACAAAAGGGAUAAAUAUACUACCAUAUAUAAUGAAGUAAAUGUAGUUAUAAU